AUGGACCAGCUGCUUGCAUUGCGCGGGGUCCGAGAGAACAUCGCCGCCUUUGGAUGUGACCUGAAAAAGGUGAUGCUAUUCGGCCAAUCCGCAGGUGCCCAACAUACCUUCUUCAUUGCCACGCGCCCUGAUGCCCCAUCGCUGAUCAAGGCCGCGGCUAUGGAGUCCGGCGCGGGACGAGACUAUCCGACGAUCGACAAGGUGCAGUUCUGGCAGAAAUCCUUCAUGGAUGGCCUGAAUUGCACCGAUCUCGCUUGCGCUCGUAAUGAACGCCUGGGGCCCUUUGUCGGCUCAAACAUAGAGGACGCGUCGCUGUUCAUUUUCGGCGCCGCCGCCCCGCUUAUCAAUCAGACCUACUCCGUCUCUAACUUUUCGUCCCUUGUGGCGCCUGUGUUCGCCGCCAUGGUCGACGUCUACACUGCCUUUGCCUUCACCUGCCCGACCUAUCGUGCCCUGCUCGGCAGCGUC